ACAUGUGCGCAUACGACAUCAAUAUAAGGUAAGUCGUUGCUAAUGUCCCCUACUCUCCACCGCUCCUUAUCAGUGAGUGCCCUUCAUCAACAAUGUCCACCACCACAGCAGACACCGCUGUGGGCUCAACGGAGGCCGCAGGCCUCGCGUCCAAACCACCUCAGAGCAAGAGUCUGUCGCUCUUCACCCGAUUUCGAUUCUGGACCAAGAUAUGGCUCUUCAAAAGCGCGGUGGUAGCAACCUUCAAGGUCAUGCGCUUCGUCCAGGCCAGCAAAUUGAAACCGUUCCUGCCCACAUAUACAAAGCACUACCCUGUGCGACCCAUGCUCGAGAACCGUGUCUUUCUCCCGCCAAACGCCAAAUCCGGAGGGAAAUACCCCCUUCUGAUUGUCGUCCAUGGUGGUGGCUUUGCCCUGUUGGAUCCGACGGUGGAUGACGAACUUAAUUCGUACUUCGCCAACAAGCAAGGUUUCGUCGUCGUGGCUGUCAAUUACCGCAAGGCGCCGUCAUAUGCGUUUCCAGAUCCGGUGCACGAUGUAGCUGAGAUUACUCGUGCUGUUCUCGCUGACCAGGAGCUUCCAGUCGACUACUCCAAUGUCGUACUCGCUGGCUUCUCUGCUGGAGGCAAUCUUGCACUAGCGGUUGCACAACUUCCGGGUAUAAAGGAGAAAGUGCGGUCCCUUCUGCCAGUUGUUCCUGUGGUGGACUUUAGCGGGAUCUACAAAGGCGAGUUCCGCACGACCAAGGAAGGUAAACCAGAUGUGUUAAAGGACAACGGCGCUCUGUUUACUUGGGCGUACAUCAAAGAGGGAGAAGAUCGAUACGAUCCAUUGUUGAGCCCAAUAUACGCCGGUCGAGACAAGCUUCCGCAACGAAUUUGGUUCAUAUGCGCCGAGUACGAUUACUUGUGCCAUGAGGGAGAGAUCAUGGCCAAGAAACUCGCCGGCAUCGAGGAUGAAAACGAGACUGGGCCCGAGUGGGAGAAGAACGGUAUUAGAUUCCGAACGGUACCCAACGUUCAGCACGGAUGGACGCACAUGGCGAAGUCUGGGGAAGCAGAAGUCCAGAGGAAGAAAGAGGUUGAGGAGCUCUACAAGGAGUGUGCAGACUGGCUCAAAUGAUAAUGCUUCUGGGUGUUUUCGUCAUGUACAUUGGUGCAAAUGAUAAAAUGACAGGCAAGAAUUAUAAAUGACAUUUUUGGGUUGGGACAGAACGUUAUGCAUACUCCCACCGCUCGCUCCUGUACAGUCAUUCGCCCUUCGCUUCCCUCCAGAGAUGCCCAAAAACGCCGUGCUAUGCUGAAUCAUAUACCUCGCCAGGCUGAAAG